ACAAGCAAACCUCGGUAUCCGUCUAUUCCGAUAUGGUAUAUCCCUAUCGGUGAGCAGAGAGAGAGAGAGGCGACCAAUGGGCAAGUCCUCCGAGACGAAUUUACAGAGCCUGGAUAUUCUGCCGACGGCACUCGUGGCCACCAUCAUGACAAAUCUCGAUGUCCCUUCGAUCUGCUCUCUCGCAGCCACUUGCAAGGCCUUCAAUCUCUGCGGUUCUCAAAUCCUCUCUUUUCUCCCCAAUUUUCACCUCCUCGACAUUUCACCAACGAUUGACUUGUUGAAACCCUUAUUGCCUCCGAACCCUUACCUUCGAAGCCUCAGAGUCGAUUGUGCUCGGCUCGAUGAUUCGGCGAUUGAUCAUCUCCUUCGGCCUUCUUUGGAGGAGCUAUGUCUCCAUAAUUGCGCCGAUUUUAGUGGCAAGCUUCUUUCUGAGGUUGGAGGUCGAUGCAAAGACCUCAGGUCUUUAUACUUGAGUUCAGUAGCUGAUAAAAGAGGGAGAUCAAUUCAUGUAUCUGACCUUGAGGAGUUACUCGGUGGUUGCGCUCAAUUGGAAACAUUGAUCCUCAUGUUUGAUGUCUCAAUCUUUCUUCGACACAAUUUUGCUCAUGUCUGGGCUGUGGCUUCUGCAAAACUCACUUCUCUUGAGAUAGGGUACGUUUCUUCAGUAAUGGUGACUGAACUGCUUAGCCCAACUGCAGGGCCUUACCAUUCACAAAAUCAGAUUCGGUCAUCAGUAUUGCCAAGUAUCCGGAAAUUGUGCCUUUCAGUGGACUAUAUUACUGACACUAUGGUCAGUACGAUAGCUAAAAAACUCACCUCCUUGACCCAUUUGGAUCUUCGUGAUGCACCCAUUAUAGAACCCACAGUUGCAUUUGACCUCACCAACUCUGGCCUUCAACAAAUUAAUCCACAUGGGAAAUUGAAACACCUUUCUUUGGUCCGAAGCCAGGAGUUUGUCGUUACAUACUUUAAGCGAGUUAAUGAUCUUGGGGUCCUCUUUAUGGCUGAUAGAUGCUCAAGCGUAGAAAGUAUAUGUCUUGGUGGCUUUUGUCAGGUCACGGAUACAGGUUUCAAAACAAUCUUGCAUUCUUGCACCAGCUUAUACAGGCUCAGGGUGUCUCAUGGAGCUCACCUAACUGAUCUGGUAUUUCAUGACAUUGAUGCCACUUCCCUUUCACUGACACAUGUUAGCUUCAGAUGGUGUAAUCUUUUGACAAACCUCUCUGUCAUCCGAUUGGCAUCUAACAUGGAUCUAAGCGUUCUUGACUUGAGAGAUUGUAGAAGCCUUGGUGAUGAAGCCCUUCGAGCCAUUAGCAGUCUCCCUAAACUGAAAACAUUGCUGAUAGACGGCGCUGAUAUAAGUGAUUUGGGAUUGUCAUACCUAAAACGAGGUGUAAGGAGUUCGCUUGUUUCACUAUCCGUUAGAGGGUGCAAAAGACUUACGGACAAAUGCGUCUCUUUUCUAUUUGAUUGCUCAUGUAACCUAGAGUUGCGAGAAUUGGACCUAUCAAAUCUUCCUAACCUAUCUGAUGCUGGUUUGUUGUUGCUUGCAAAAAGUCGUGUCCCAAUAGUUGAGCUUCGAAUGCGACAAUGCCCACUUAUAGGCGACAUUACGGUCAUUGCAUUAGCCUCAAUGCAAGUUGAUGAGGGCAGGUGGCAUGGAAGUAGCUUACGGCUGUUGGAUAUUUAUAACUGUGGCGGAAUUACACAACUUGCAUUCCGGUGGUUAAAGAAGCCUUAUUUCCCUGUGUUGAGAUGGUUGGGAGUGAGUGGAAGCGUAAAUAGGGAUAUGGUAGAUGUUUUAGCCAGAAGUAGACCAUUCUUGCAUGUCGCGUAUCGUGGUGAGGAGCUGGGGACUGAUCAGUGGGAUUAUUCGGAUGAUCUGUACAUGCACGACUAUGAAGAAGUUGAUGAACUAGAACAAUGGCUUCUUGAUGGAGAAAACGGGAUUGAUGAUGAAGAGAUGGAAGAAGCUGAAAAUAAUGCAGAACUGGAGUAA